AAAAUUGAGCCUGCAAUCAAUAGCAACAUUUCCCUGAGCUUGAUAGUCAUUCAAGUAUGACUAACUAACUUGUCUCCAGGCUUCCACCAUGAGCAGAGAAACGUCUUUUCUUUGUUUCCUAUCAGUUUAUAUUUUCAGGGCUGCGUUCAUUUGUGGGGAUCCAACGAUGAAAGCAGUACUCUACAAAACCGGUGGCGUGGAAAAUUUAAGUAUAGGUACAGUUCCAAAGCCUAAAGCGGAGAAAACUCGUGUUUUAAUCCGCGUGCAGUACACAGCGCUAAAUCGAGCUGACACUCUGCAACGACGAGGCCUCUACAACCCCCCGCCGGGGGAUUCGGACAUUCUGGGAAUAGAAGUUUCUGGUGUGAUAGAGGAGGUGGGAGAGGAGUGUGUUCGCCAAUGGAAAAAGGGUGACAAAGUUAUGUCUUUGCUGGGAGGAGGAGGGUAUGCCGAAUAUUGUACUGUCGAGGAAGCUCUUGUAAUGCCAGUACCCGACUCUUACAAACUCUCCGAUGCGGCAGCCAUUCCUGAAGUCUGGCUAACAGCAUAUCAACUCCUGCACUUUCUCGGCAAAGUUGAGAGUGGUGAAGUAGUGCUUAUCCACGCGGGUGGCAGCGGUGUUGGUACAGCGCUGGUUCAGCUGUCACGGUUGGCUGGAGCAGUGCCUUAUGUCACUGCAGGUUCGGAGGCGAAGAUCAAGAUGGCAGAGUCACUUGGAGCCGAGGGAGGGUUUAACUACAAAACAGGAAAUUUUUCCAGUUGGAUAGAAAGUGUUACUGGUGGAAAAGGUGUAAAUGUGAUUCUAGAUUGUGUUGGAAGUUCGUUUUGGGAACAGAAUAUCAAAAGUCUCUCCGUGGAUGGCCGUUGGGUUCUGUAUGGACUGUUGGGUGGAGGACAGAUCUCAGGGAACCUACUCGGAGACUUGCUUAAAAAGAGAGGAUCUCUUAUCGCCACAACUCUGAGGAGUAGACCCCUUAGUUAUAAAGCGGCAUUGGCCCAAGAAUUUACAGAAAGAAUCGUUCCACAGUUUGCAAAUGGAAAGCUCAGAUCCAUUGUGGACUCUGUGUUUCCCAUGGAUGAAGUCCAGCAAGCACAUAAGAGAAUGGAAGCAAAUGAGAAUAUUGGGAAAAUAGUUAUUCAAAUCUCUUCCAAAGAGGAAGCCAGCAUUGGGGAAAACAAAUCAGAACUGUAGUCAGCUUAAACAUAUGAAGGAGAAGGGCCGCGCUAGUGCCUUUUUACCAUUUCACACGUUGAAGACUGUAGUUAAGACAGUCGAAAGCUUGUUGUUUUAGAUACUUUUCUCCAGAGAACGUUUUUAGAUUUUACCAUGCUGUCAGCUUAUCUGAUAUGGUGUAUAACAAGCUGUAUAACAACAUUAAAACAAUUGAGAAUCAAGAGGUUAAUCAAAGUUUACUGUAGGGAUCAGUUUUAGUUUGCACAUUUCCUUAAAUACUAACGUGCCAUAGAAUAAACAGAACGUUGUCUAUUUGUUUUUAAUGUCGGGUAAAUAACGAAAUAAAUAUUUCUUUACAAAUAUUUAUGUCCACAGGUCAGGGAAUAAAUUAUAUUAAGUUCUUUCCCCUACAUCAUGUACUACAAUACUCCAAUAAAACAAUAUCUUGUAUACAAGCAUCCCUGGUAACUUGCUGCAAUUAUUUAUAACUACACUUGGCGUGUCGGAAAACGAACUGACACCUUUAAAGUGAGGCAUACCACCCACAAACAUCCAUCACACUUGAAGGAACGUAAGUCCGAACGACCUGUUGCUCCUGAGUGCAAGUAUCAGCAGAGAAUUUGCCUAUCUGAAUGAUCCUAACUUAUUCGUUUCCAGCAAAAGAAUAUUGGAAGAAUUGAACGGUAUGUGCAAUGUACAUGAAUUAAUGAAAAAAGGAGAACACAAAAUAUAUAAAAGCGUGUGUUCGACGUUGAAAGGAAUAACUUGCAUUUCCGUACUGGAUGUUUAUUAAGUUACUUACGUAAUAUACACAGAGAAACCUCUACCAUGAAUCAUUCUAGAGUGAGACGGACCAGGUUCACAGUUUUAAAACAAUGAACCUGAAUAUUUCGGAAAUGUUCUCUUUUCCUUUAA